AUGCCAGCAAAGCCGCAUCAGGGCACGGAAGACGAUAAACACGGCAAUACUAUGACUACUACCACAGAUGGCCAGCGCCGCAAGGUAGACGACAAACCCAGGAUACAAGGCCACAACACGGCCAUACAGCUCACAAACCGGAGCAACCAGCAGCGGGCCGAAGCAGUAUCCCACGAGAUAAAUGGAAAUAGUGAAUGCGGAGAGAGAGCUGCUAUGCGAACCAAAAUCGUCCAUGACGAACGGCAGCGCCGGUUCAAACGCGGUGGAACAGAUGGAGCUGAUUUGAAUGUGAGCUUCAAUCUUACAUGUACUAGCAUGCCCGAAGGAAAGAUCAAAUUUUGA